AUGAAGUGUGCUCAAGGUGCUUUUGUGUUGUUAAUUUCGCUUGAGUGUGCUUACUCGGAUGGCGCAAUUUUCGAAAGACGCGGUAUGGUAUCGUUCGCCCGCCGUACAGUUCAGUCGCGUUGGUGGCUGCAUGCGAUUUGACGUAUUCCAAUCUGCGCGUAGUGAUGUCACUUGUGCUCUUAUUUAAUGAAAUCUCAGGCGUUCUUCGCGUAAUGUGCGAGUGAAUUGUAAACAUUGACAGUGAUUUUGUAACCCAUGCAGUGAUUUUUUCCAAAAGUGUAAUGGACUGUUACCAUUCGAAAUUUUUCCCGAGGCGUAAGUGACAAAUGGGAUCGUAUCUGCGGUGAUUGGGUACAAUCAUGAUGCAUCCUGCUGGAUACUACGCUAAUCUUGCGAGCGGCGCGCUCGCAGCCGGCACCAUUGCGUCUCCGUGGAGCACGGCGGCCGGCGCGCCCGACACCAACGGAUCGGGCGGCGCCGAUGCCAAGCACCUCGACGUUGGCGACGCGAGCGACGAUGAAAAGGACUUGUCAGCAGCUGAUGCGGAGGGUGUAUGGAGUCCCGACAUCGAGCAAAGUUUUCAAGAAGCACUCGCCAUUUACCCCCCAUGUGGAAGACGCAAGAUUAUUCUCUCGGAUGAGGGCAAGAUGUACGGACGAAAUGAGCUGAUAGCGAGAUAUAUAAAAUUAAGAACAGGAAAAACACGCACAAGAAAACAGGUGUCAUCACAUAUACAGGUGCUAGCUAGGCGGAAACUUCGUGAAAUACAGGCUAAACUUAAAGUGGAUGGUGGUAUGAUGAAAGAAAAGGCCAUGCAGUCAAUGAGCUCCCUCUCUAGCGCACAGAUCGUGGCGGGCCUGCCACAUCCAGCGUACCAUCAUACGCAAUUUUGGCAACCAGGAUUACAAGCUGGAACUUCACAAGACGUGAAGCCGUUCCCGGGUGCUGGUUACAAGGGCGUGCCUGGCGUCGGCAGCGUCGGCGUCCCGGGCGGCACCGACGUGGCGCCGCCGCCGCCCUGGGAAGGCCGCGCCAUCGCCACGCACAAGCUGCGGCUCGUAGAGUUCUCGGCCUUCGUGGAACACCCCAGGGACCCGGAUACGUAUCCGCCGAGUACAACGCUAUCACAACAUCUAUUCGUUCACAUAGGUGGUUCAGUUACAUACGCCGAUCCACUAUUAGAGUCGGUAGAUGUACAACAAAUAAAUGACAAGUUCCCUGAAAAGAAAGGCGGCUUGAAAGAACUCUACGAGAAGGGACCUCGGAACGCUUUCUUCUUGGUCAAGUUCUGGGCGGAUCUAAACACAAAUAAUUUAGACGACCCCGGAGCAUUUUAUGGUGUUACUAGUGUGUAUGAAAGCAACGAAAACAUGACCAUCACGUGUAGCACAAAAGUGUGUUCAUUCGGGAAGCAAGUAGUCGAAAAAGUGGAGACGGAGUACGCUCGGUUCGAGGGGGGGAGGUUCGUGUACCGCAUCCACCGCUCGCCGAUGUGCGAGUACAUGGUCAACUUCAUACACAAGCUCAAGCACCUACCUGAGAAAUACAUGAUGAAUAGCGUGUUAGAGAACUUCACUAUUCUUCAGGUGGUGUCAAAUAGAGAUACUCAAGAGACAUUGUUAUGUGCCGCGUUUGUGUUUGAAGUGUCGAACAGUGAACAUGGCGCGCAGCACCACAUCUACAGGCUCGUGAAAGACUGAACCACGCACCCAUCCCUCCUUCCCUCCGCCUGUCCGUAGCUAUCAUUCCUUCGGCACACCAACUUCUAAAUAUGGACCUCACAAAUCACCAAUACAAAGGUCUAAGUGCUUCUCUCUGACAAAAUCAAUUUGUUACAUAAAACAUAGAGUCGGCUACGAAACUGUAGUUAUUAACUAGAGUGAAAAAUAGUAAAACUAUGUGGCCCGAGCUGGACUUGAACACGAAGCCCGCCUUUGCGAAUUUUCCAAUCGCUCUGUUUAUACUACGCCUAAGAAACGUCUGCUAUUAACUAAUUUUUAAUAUAAGCGAAUAAAAUGAAGCCAUUGGAGAAUUACUUCCACAAGAAAAGCUCAAGAAUACAUAAUAAUAAGAAUACAGAAUCACUUUUUCUACAAUAGUCCCAAUGCCUGCUGCGACCGGUUCAUGGGUGUCUAUUGUUGCGCCUGUGAGUGGGUUCCAGCAGGCGUUCUACAUGACAUUAAAGCUCUCCAAAGGGCCUCUACGUGUUGGAUCUGUAUCCCCACGCAAGCCUAUCAAAAGACCGGGAUGUAUAGGCCCGUGAAAUCCAGAAAGAAUACAGAAAGAUAUUUGCUGAGUUAAUUAUUAUUAUUACAAAAUUGGUCCUUUAUUUCUUGAGGUAUAUAGGUGUAUACGCUGAAUGCACUAUGCACUGCUUUCAAAGGGUUGUAUGGCCCAACUGGGACUUGAACCCGCUACAUUGGCUUUACUGGAACUAAUUACUCUUUACCAAUACUCGACCUAUCUCUGAAAUACGACCUAUCUCUGAAAUUCUGUGGCGAUAGCAGAGAGAUAGCUCGAUUAGUUACGAACAUUGGCUCUGAUGAAGACAGAGUUGUGGGUUCGAUCUGAUUCUCGGACCACAUAGUUGUUAUUAUUUUCCACUUUUAUAAAACUUUAUAUCAUUUGACAGAUCUAGAAGAAAAUAUAUCCGUAAUUUGAUAGUGUUGCAAUCGUAACAUAGUAAAUUGUGAUCUGAAAAUAACGCUACAAUAUUUUUGUAACUAAAUGUUUAUUGUAUAGCUCAAUUUAAAUAAUUAUAUUUUAAUGUUUCGGUACUCUCUUUGUUCAUUUAGGUAGUCGCAACAUCACGUUUGGCGUCUUAUUAAGAUGAUCUUUUCAAGUUUUAAUUGUAAAUAGUGUUAGAGUGGCUACUUCCACACAUUCGCCACUUUAUAUUAAAAUUGCAACAUUACUGCUUAUACUAUUUACAAUAAAAACGGGAAUUGACUCGUCAAGCGUUAUAAUAAAACAGACAUUUUUCCUAUAAAUCAAAAUAAUUUCAACAAAUUACUUAAUUUCCCUUGGGUCUCAAAACCAUAUGUCAAGAGUAAUAUAAAUAUUUUACAUAAUUCUUAAAAUUUAAUACAAUAUCGUUCAGUAGACGCGUGUAAAAUAAUAUCAAAUAAGAAGAUAGAAUUGAAUACACACAGUGCCUCUAUAAUUAUGUUACAUUAACAUAAAUUACUUGAGCAUAUUUAGUCUUUUCACUGUGUUUAAU